ACGCUAAUACUUUCAGGCGUGGAAAGCAACCUUGAUCUCAAAUUGAUUUCACUUAAUCCACCUAUUAUUGCUCGAUGGGUUCGGAUCUAUCCCUAUACUCAAAAGCCUAUGUACGUCUGUGCCAAAUUCCAAUUCUACGGUUGCCGAUUUUCAGACGAAUUGGUGGAAUACAAGAUACCAGGUGGCAGUGAUUUCACCUCCACUUCAUAUGGCUCGGCACCUAUCAAUCUACGUGACACCUGCUACGAAGGUCAAAGCGAUCCUAGGGGUGGAAUCCUCCAUAAUGGUCUCGGAUGUCUUUCUGACUCUCGUGUUUCUACCUCGACAAAAGCCUUUGAUUUAUCGCCUUGGCAACAUGACUCGGAGAGAUCUGGAGCUGCGACUGUCACAGACGGAGACUGUCUGGUUGGAUGGAAUCGUUCAAGGUGGGAGGAGGCUCGGAGAUCACCUUCGCCAGUCGUGGAUCUUGUUUAUCGAUUUUCGGGUCUUCGAACUUUUCAAGCCCUACACCUCUAUGCCUUGAAUUUGCCUGCUAAAAAGCAAGUGGACUCAACUGUGCUUGCUCAAUUAAGCCACUUGUUGAAAUCUGUCUUUCAUGGUGAGAGUCUUAUUCAGAUGAGCAUUCUCUUAAUCCUCCAGAUUCGAAUUCCACGACGGAUUGAGCUUUCAUUCAGCAUCGACGGAACAACUUUUCCAUCUACUCCAGACAUCGCCUCAGACGUUCACUCCUAUACUGCGGAUCCUCUAAUUAUUGAUUUGAACGCAAAGAGUGGACGAUCCGUUCAAUUGAAGCUCUUCUUUGCCGAUGAAUGGAUUAUUCUCAGUGAAACAAGGUUUAUCAGCGUUGCUGGGAAGGAAACUGAUCUCGGUGGUAAAGUUGAGAAAGAGGGUUCGACGGGAAUAUCGGCCCAUGGCAAUGUAAAUCCUCCGUCUUCCAUACCACCUGCUGAGAAAAAUGAUCCCGUUAACAACUACAAUCCUAACCUUGAACCAGAAGAAGUAGUUGAACCGGACGAUCCAAUUCACAAUCCAAAUAUUGGAGCACUCAGACCAAUUGAGCCACCUCCCUAUCAGGGUCCAACCAUGCUUGUUCUCAUCCUCGUUUUCCUCUGCUGUUUCAUGUUGCUUCUGGUGGGAGUUGCUUGCUUCUCCAUCUCCUGGAUGAAGAAUCGCAAGAAGAAACGUCAGCAGGCUAUGCGCGGAGAUAUUCAAUCGCCGAAUGGAAAGCUAUUUAAAUCUCAC